GUGUUCAGGUCUACUGGUUUACCUCUGUCCCUGUUUCUCUGUGUAAAGGUCUACUGGUUUACCUCUGUCCCUGUCUUUCUGUGUGAAGGUCUCUUGGUUGGGACUCUGGAUGUGGUGCUGGACUCCAGUGCAAGAGUGGCUCCUUACAGGAUCCUGCUGCAGACUGCGGACUCUCGGAUCUACUGGAACGUGGCCUGUGGCUCAUCCAGGAAGGAGAUCACGGAGCACUGGGAUUGGCUGGAGUCCAACUUGCUCCAGACCAUCUCCAUCUUUGACAACGAUGAAGACGUCACCACCUUCGUCAAAGGAAAGAUAUCUGGCAUCAUUGCGGAGGAGAACCGGCUGAAGCAGGGGGAGGAGCAGGAGGAGCAGGAGGAAGAUUGUGGGAAGUUUCGAGAGGCGGAGCUAAAGAUGAGGAGGCUGUUCGGGAUGCCUGAGGAGGAGAAGCUGGUGAAUUAUUACUCCUGCAGCUACUGGAAGGGCCGAGUGCCACGGCAGGGCUGGCUCUACCUGUCCGUCAACCACCUGUGCUUCUACUCCUUCCUAUUGGGCAAGGAGGUGACCCUGGUGGUUCAGUGGAUGGAGGUGACCCAGCUGGAGAAGAACGCCACUCUGGUGUUUCCGGAGAGUGUUCGUGUCAGCACGCGUAAUACCGAACAUUUCUUCUCCAUGUUCCUCAACAUCAACGACACCUUCAAGCUGAUGGAGCAGCUCGCCACUAUCGCCAUGCGCCAGCUUCUCGACAACGAGGCCUUUGCUGCCGACCGCUCGCUGCCCAAACCCUGCAAGACGCUCAAGAACGUCUCUGCGCUCAAGAGAGAUUUGGACGCGAGGGCGAAGAACGAGCACUACCGGAUGAUGUUCCGGCUGACGCCGGAGGAGCGUCUGGACGGACACACGGACUGCACGCUGUGGACGCCGUUCGCUAAGAUGCACGUGGUCGGACAGCUGUUCAUCUCCAACAACUACAUCUGUUUUAACAGCAGAGAAGAAGGCUUGUGUCAACUCAUCAUCCCUCUCAGAGAGGUUUCCAUUGUGGAGAAGGCGGACAGCAGCAGCGUCCUGCCUUGUCCCGUCUCCAUCAGCACCAAGAACAAGAUGAACUUCCUGUUUGCCAACCUCAAAGACAGAGACUUCCUGGUCCAACGCAUCUCUGACUUCCUGCAGCGAACGCCCGACAGCUCAUGGGGCGACACCAGCCCCCUGUCUUUGAUUAGUCACUCGGCAUCCUCCACUGCCCCCUCGUCCUUGUCUUCAGGGUCUGAGUCUGUCAGGGCGCGUCAUUACCACCCUGGUCUGCCCACAGCCAGCCAUGGUCUGCUGCAGCUCUACCACCAAGACGCUCUGGAGGACCUGGGACCCAAAGCCAUGAAGGAGAAGAUGAAAGAGGAGGCGUGGAAUAUACAUUUCUCAGAGUUUGGUCGAGGUGUCUGCAUGUACCGAACCUCCAGAACCAGAGAACACGUCCUCAACGGGAUCCCAGAACGCCUGAGAGGGGAGCUGUGGCUGCUGUUCUCUGGAGCAAAAAACGAGAUGGCGACCCACCCUGGUUACUACGGUGACCUGGUGGAGCAGGCCAUGGGGCUGUGUUCGCUGGCUACCGAGGAGAUCGAGCGAGACCUUCACCGCUCGAUGCCUGAGCACCGAGCCUUCCAGAACGAGACAGGUAUCGCGGCGCUGCGACGCGUCCUCACUGCCUAUGCUCACCGCAACCCAGGGAUCGGGUACUGUCAGGCAAUGAACAUUGUCACCUCUGUCUUGUUGCUCUACUGUCCGGAGGAGGAGGCCUUCUGGCUGUUGGUGGCGUUGUGUGAGCGGAUGCUGCCCGACUACUACAACACCAGAGUCGUAGGUGCUCUGGUGGAUCAGGGGGUGUUUGAGGAGCUGACUCGAGCCUUCCUCCCUCUUCUGUAUGAACACAUGCAGGAACUGGGUGUGAUCUCCACCAUCAGCCUGUCCUGGUUCCUCACACUCUUCCUGUCUGUGAUGCCCUUCGACAGCGCCGUCCUAUUAGUCGACUGCUUCUUCUACGAAGGAAUCAAGGUCACCUUUCAGGUGGCGCUGGCUGUGCUUCAUGACAACAUGGAUGCCCUGCUGUCCUGCAGCGACGAGGGAGAAGCCAUGACCAUCCUGGGCAGGUACCUGGACAAUGUUGUAAACAAACAGACUGUGGCUCCUCCCAUCCCUCACCUGCACGCCCUACUGACGAGUGGAGACGAUCCUCCACCUGAGAUUGACGUCUUUGAUCUCAUCAAGUCGUCCUAUGAGAAGUUCGGCAGCUUGCGUUCUGAUGUCAUUGAGCAGAUGAGGUUCAAACAGAGGUUAAAGGUCAUCCAGUCACUGGAGGACACGGCCAAGAGGAGCGUGGUGGGUGAUGUUUGGGUACUGCAGGUUAAAUGCUAACAUGCUAAUGUUGACACAGUGUUUACGUGUGUGUGUGUGUGUGUGUGUGUGUG